CAGCUGCGCGGCCUGUCACCGACAUCGGCGUAGGCAUAAACAAAACGCGGGCAUUUUUUGUUCUGUCAAGAGAUCCCGGGGCCUCGUGGAAAUUCCGGCGUCGGUUGGGCGUGGCCGUGUGUGCGAUCGUGUCGCGGAACGGGCGCUGGUGUUCAGGUGCGUGGAUGCGUGCGUGCACGCGUGCCUGGCUCGGACCGGUGUUGUGCGCGGCCUGAUGUUGAAUGCACGGGCCGCGAGGCCAACGACAGGGGUUGGCACGGACUGAUUUCGCCAUCAGACUGCCGCCAAGAGGGGAAGUCUGUCUCGCGUGUCAACACACAUCAAUGGUUCAGUUGGGAUGCCGACCAUGGAACCUCAGUCUGACCAGCGUGGUUGUUCUGGCGUUGUCGAACAUGUUGCUGACUUUCCUGUUGCUGCAGUCGGAGACCUGUAUACCGGACGAGGUGCCCAGGGACAUGGAGGUGAACGUGAUCACCGAAUGGAACCUGGGCACCCUGAUCAAAGAGCAGCAGCAGCAGCUGCAGUUAGACUGCGUGACGCAGGAUUACCAACCGUUGCCAGUUGAUGGGCACAGUAUGAAGCUGAACAUAAAGUUGGGAAAAUGGGAUGCCCGUAAAUUGUUCCGCACGUUCGACCAUGUUCUGGUCGGCACCGGGUUCGUCGAGCUGUCCCAGAUCUAUCAGGUGUGCCUGGCUAUGCAGAGCUCGGUGGAGAAGCUGCACUCGGUGGUCCAGGCGGCCCACCAUUGGACGGGACCGAUCUCGGUGGCACUGUACGCCGCCGGCGACGAGGAGUUCGAGGUCCUUCAGAGGUACCUGGUCUACCUUAGGAAAUGCUACGAGCCGAUACGCGAGAGGGUCGCCUUCUCGCUGGCCGUGCCAAAGGUCAGGCCGCCGAAGAAGCAGCCGCGCGAGUACGAACUGCCCGAGCCGCUCGAUUGUGCCAAACCGGAAGCGACGCUGAACGAGCUGAUGAACGGGAUCUCGACCGAGCAGACCAACUGGCGGAUCCGGAACGUCUAUCCCCAGAACCACAUGAGGAACCUGGCCAGGAAGAAUUGCCAGACCGACUAUGUGUUCCUGACGGACGUCGACAUCGUGCCGAGCUUCAACCUGACUGGCGCCCUCGACGAGUUCCUCAGGGCCGAUACCUGUGAUAAGUGCGCCUACGUGAUACCGACGUACGAGCUGGACUCGCGCGUCAGAUUCCCACAAAAUAAGACGGAACUGGUCCGGCUGGCGAGGAAGGGCCUGGCUAGGCCGUUUCACCAGAAGGUCUUCAUCCACAAUCAAUUCGCAACUAAUUUUACUAGGUGGAUCCUAGAUACUUCCCCGAACCAUAAGAAUUACGGAAACGUGAAGACUGGUAAGGCUUACGUCAGCCACGAUGUGACGAACUUCGAAUUCCUUUACGAACCUUUUUACGUCGCGAAAGACAUCGCUCCACCUCAUGACGAACGGUUCAUGGGCUAUGGGUACACCAGAAAUACACAGGUCUACGAGAUGUACGUGGCUGGGUACCAGUUCAAGGUGCUCUCGCCGGUUUUCACCGGGCAUUGGGGCUUACAGACAAGGAAGACCAGGCCAGCUUGGCGCGAGCGACAGAACAGUGCCAACAGGAAGCAUUUCGAGACGUUCAAGAAGGAGGUGUUUGCUCGCUACAUGCGCGACCCCCUAAAGAUGAUAAAGAACGUCAAGUGACGACGAAAGCUACGCCGAUGGUUCCGUUGAUCGAACGCGAGUGAAUCCGGUUCGCCGUCCUUUUUAUCCGUUGCGGGGCUAAAAACCAACCGACACGACCGUCACUUUCAAGGUUUUACUAUUUUGCCUGACCUAUCGCUUAUGUUCCAUACAGUCGUGGACGUUUCGACCUAAAAAACACCUCGAAUUUUGAAUUAAGCAUCACCGGUUACGUAAACUCUAUUUCGCAUGUCAUAGAAUUAUAAUUGAAUAAAUGAGCGGACAGGGAUUAUUUUGUAUGAAAUGAUUCUUAGGAACUCGAGAGCAUUAACGUUGAGUAUUGGGCUUCGAUCGUUCAAGCAAUUAGGUAUUGGUUGAAACCAAAAUAUUAGCUUCGUUUGAAUGAUACGCGACUGUGAUGAUCGUUGUUCUAUCGUCGAUUGUCUGUGUCAUUGACUUUUUCAGGAAUUGAUCAUGGGUUGUGUUACUACGGUAAUUCAGAAUUCUGCGGGCUACUUUAACGACGGCCAGUGACCGGAGAGUCACGUGUCAUGGGGAUUUUCGAAACGUUUAGUAACUUUUGAACGAAAUAGAAGGCGUCGAAUAAAUACGCGUGAUCCAGAAAAUAUUUCGCAGUUUCGCAACAUGCAUAAUUAGUUUCUUUGCGUUGGAUUUAUGAAACAUCGUUAUCAAUUACUAUACUACUCAAUUUUAGUGUUUCGAUUUUGUUUCAAAUCGGUAGAAAGUUUAUUCUCCAAUGACUAUAUGCAUUUAUUUAACUCGCGGUAAUGAAAAUUGUUUAAUCGAAAGUUUAAUAGAAUAGUUUCGAGAGUAAAGGACUAAUGGUAAAAUCGAUUCAGUUCUAUUUUUCACAGUAAUCGAGCAUGAAACGUUUUUUUUUUUUACGUAUUUUGCAUUGCAUUUACAUCGCACGGAGACGUUUUAGAAGUUUGUAUUAAUCAUAGUUAUUUUGGAGUUAGCAAGUUUUAUAGCAAUAGUGUAUUAUGAUUUAACUAUCGCUAGAUAGGGCAAUAGUGAUAAUAUUAUUUUAAGAUCGCUCUUAUAUCAUCCAAGGGUUUUAGAAAUAAUUGAUUAUCAACGCUCUCUACUUGUUUCGAAUCUGCUUUACAAUGAUUAAGAAUGUUUGAAGUUCCGCGAAGCAAAAUUUCCAAGAAAUUCUUUAUCGCAGCUUCUUCAAAAAAGUACUCAAAGUUUCUACUUUCUCGAUGCACCAACACAAGCCAAUUUGAAUUUGCAGAACAGUGUGCAGUUCCACGUUUCACUUCUCCCGAAGCAUUAUCGUUUUCUCGACAAGUAUGGAUACGGAAUAUAUUGUGGAUCACAGAAUGUACAUUCACCUUAGAAUUACUUCCCGAAGAUUGCACUUUGUGUAAACAGGGUGUUUUUGGCUUUGAGACAAAAACUGGGAUCAUUGCCGAGCGUAGUGAUCGCAAACAAAGGAUUCUAGCUGACCCGAAUCAUCAUCGGUCCAACAGAUAAAAAUCAUGAAUGUCUCGACUUAGAACGAUUAACAAUUUUUGUCCUCUUCUGGCUUUUUACCCGGAGAGCUGACUGUUCACGGUUGAUCGUCUCAAAACUGAGAUAUAGUACAGUUUUCCACUUGUUUUUACAAUAGCUAUAAAUACCUCGGAGUCAUUCCUCCUGGUCGGCACAUCUUCACUGAUCAUUUUCGCAAUAUCCGUCCCCUAUCGAUCAGCGACAUAUCAUGCGCACACAGUCACAUAAGUUUAGGAUAAAUCUCACGCUGUACGCUGUUGUUUAUCAGUUCUGGGAAGAUAUGUUGUACAUAGACGUGAAAGUUCAACGACAGAUAACACGCGUUAUCGACUUUUCGUUUCGUAACGUACCGCUUGUCUAAUGCGCGCGCGAGCGAUACCGACAUGAUUUGUCGACGGUGUAUCGAGUUCCUCGACGACUGGCGCGAUUAUUCAGGGCCUAUGAUUUUGAGGUACUUGUCCCCGGAGCGAUCGACGAAGGAUCAUCGGAUCACUUUUCAACCAAUUGUCGAUUAUCGUCUGUUUUUCGACAGAAGAAAAGCUGAAGUUGUAAUUGGUCCUGUCGCUCACAGACUCGCAACCAUGAGUGGAAUGGAAAAGCUAUUAGGACUUUGGCCAACUUCUUUCGAAAAAUAGACCGCAGAUACAUUCGAGUUGUUCGAAGGUUCUGUACUCGUUAUGACCUAAUCCGUUUGCGAGCCUAGUUAUUUUAGAAACGGUGUUUUGUAAUUGUGGUUAACAAGUGUGCUGCAAGAAUUUCUAGCAAUUCGAGACAAAAUACGACAAAAAAUACGACAAAAUCGACAAUUAAACGUUAAUUGUUUUAACGCGUUGACUGCAACACUGUAGCGCAAACAUGUUUCGCGAAAUCAAAGUAAUUUUGCUAAUGAAACCGAGACUAGAAAAUUAAACCAUCGGCAGCCCACAAGUUUUAGUCAAAAUUGAUUGAUUGAAUUAUAUUACGAUAACAAUGCGUUCCUAAAGCUAGGCAAAGAAUCGCGUCGCAAGUAAGUAUUUGCAUAAACAACGCGGCAAUCAACGUGUUAAUUAAACGUGCGAAAUUAAGGCGAUACACGAAAAGGCGAAAAAUUGAUAUUUUUAUUUCCAAGUAUGACACCGUCAUUUGAAUUCCUGUAAAAAAUAAUUUUCUGUUGCUUUCUGUCGCGUUGCUAGCAAUAACGACGCUACUUUGAAUUAUUAUAUUCGUUACAAGAUACUUUGUCGAAUACCUGAAACGAAUAUGAAUGUAAGCGACACAGUGUAGUUGCAGUCGCGUUGUGCGUUUAAUUGAAUACAGAUUCUUAUGCAUAUACAAAUUUUUGUGAAGUAAUUUACGAACGAUUGCGAUUGCGAGGAAAUUUCUUUCUUCUGUUGCUGGUUUAGGAUAAUGAUACUAUAAUUAUUUUAAAUAUUAAUAAAAUGAUUAAUCUUAUCGUGUCUUAUUCUUUGUAGCUAAUAAUGAUUCAUAAUAUACUUAUUUUUAAUUCGAUUUAAUUUAAUACAAUUUUAUUUUAGUUCAUCUUAUUUCACUUCUCAAAUAAUAUUAAUAUUUUUUUGUUAAGAAAACGUCAUUUCAAGCUAUCGUUAAUAAACAUCGUAUAUACGAAACAAGAAGUAUAUUCAUUUGUUAGAAUAAAGAUACAGAGACACGUGUGACACAUUAAAUAUAAAAAAAAGUGUUUUGUUCAGUCAGUACCACGGAUCCCAACAGUGUGCACGUCUAGCCCUUUCCGGAAGCGUUCGAAGCUCUGAUUCACUUUCUUUCUCGGACGUUCGACACGCGACACUCGCAGAGUCGCUAUAAUUUGUUCGUGGAAGUACUCGGCACAGAAUGGCAGGUCCAAUGGCGUCAUCGAAGAAAUCACGUUGAUCGGUUCGAAGGGUACGGAGGGAAAGAAUCGUAGAAUUGAGAGGUGUCUAGGGUGGAAGAGCGUUCGCGUGUGCAGGGAUGCAGGCUCGUACAAUCAAGUAGCCGCGAUCAGAGUCGAUAGCGGGCCGGGCUUCUCGUGUCUUCCGGUUCAUCGAUUCCGCCCGGAACGAAACUAACCGCGCUUGCUGCUUCCACUCACGAAUCCCUAAAGUCAUCAGAGACUGCCAUGCGGGAUCGCGGAAUAAAUAUCCGCCGGUGAGUUUCGCGGCACGUACACCCCGGCACACGAGCAGGAAAACGAGGUCGGGGAACUUAAGGGAAACGUACCUCGUUAGCUGUCUGUGAUUUAAGAGGGCUGCGCGGCGCGGCGUCUAAGUUCAAGAUCGGCUCGACUGUUUCAGAGGAGCGCCGUUUUCGUUUUUCUGUAUGCAUGCUUUUUUUCUUCUUCUUCUCUACACGCAACACGUAAAAGUGACGCGAGCGUUAUCCACGGAUAUGGUAGCGGAGAAUGAAACAGAACUGCGUUGUAAUUACGAGGCGCGUUGAUGACUGGCUUCGCAGAGGAACGAGAACGACUUCUUCACAGCGAUCGAAAUCCGUGACUUUGCUUCUCCGCUUUGUACAGCGUGUCUCAUGCAAUUAUGCUACCUUUAACCCUUUGCACUCCGCUGUCCCCUCUCGUGGAACAUCGUAAUUCUUCACUCGGAUGUCCCCAGAAUGGUUCGGAGUGCUAAGGGUUAAUCAUAUUAUGUUAUCAUGUAACUAUUAUAUCAUUUCCGACUGGAACCGUUUGGAAGGAUUGAUAAUAUUUCUUAACUGUUACUUACUCGUUACUUACUUGUCUCGAUCAAAAAACAGUAAUAUUAGAUACAUAUAUCAGUUGCUCAACGAUUUGUCACUGGUACCCGAUGAGUGUGUGUUUGUGUGUGUGUGUAUGCGCGCGUGUGUGCAUGCGUGUAAACCGAAAACGUUUCAAGGCACAGAGUUAUUAUAUAUUAAUAUAAUGUUUAUACGAAUCUAUGUAUGUAAACGGAUAAAGGUAAUUGUUGUGAGACAAGGAGACUAUUGUUAAGACGCAAUAAAUCAUUGUAAAGCCAA